GAGACCGUAUGUUGACAAAUUUCAUGUCUUUGUUUGUGUGAAAGAUUUCAUUUCUUAUAUGGGAUCUCUCUCUCUCUCUCUCUCUCUCACACCACCAAACCAAACCAAACCAAACCAAACCAUUCUACUAGUUUUUUUUUUCUUUCUUUUCCUUUUAAACAUUUUCUCUCUAGAAACAAAAUCCAAUUUCAGGACUUCAACAAUUAUUCUUUAUUCUUUGUUUAAGAGAGUGCCCUGUAGAUCGGAAUCUCCUUCUGUUUUUUUAUUCAAUCUGAUGAUGAUCUGAGCUCCUUUAAUGGUGUUACAAUAACACUCACUUGGUUGUGAAAGCUGUAUUUUUUUCUGUAAAGAUUUAAUCUUUGUUGAUACCCUGGGGAUGUUUGGGAGCUAUGAAUUAUCUAGCAAGGGGAAAUAAAACAAUCUUGAAGGAGGAGUGAUUACAGGAUGUGGGUCUGAGGAAUGGGAACAAAAGUGCAGUCUGAAAGCUAUCUUCCAGGAUAUUACUCGAUGAGAGAUCUAAACGAUGAUUCUAACAGUUGUAACUGGCCACUUUAUUACGGGGAUAAGACCUUGAUAAAUGGUCAGUAUUGCAAUGGUUUUUUCCCGAGGGCCAUAGCAGAUGCAUAUCCUGGGUAUGAUAAGAAUGCUUUGAAGCGAAAGAUGCUUGAGCAUGAGGCAAUUUUCAGGACUCAGGUGUAUGAGCUUCAUCGCUUGUAUAGGACCCAAAAGGACUUGAUGGAUGAAAUAAAAAAGAAAAAAAUACCAAAAUAUCAGGUUCCUAUUGGGCCAACAUUUUCAUCAAGACCAUUAGCUUCGCAAAUUACAACCGAAGAUGCCCAUAAAUUGCAUAUCCUCAGCUUCCCUGCGGCAAACUCCAAUUGUGCUAGACCAUUGGUAUCUGGUGUUGAGCAUAGGCAUUCUCCCCUGAGUUUCAUGAAGCGAAGCACCAUCCAAGCUGGUUCCUUUCUGCCCCAAAAUGGAGAUGAUUCAAAUGGUGUUGAGGUGGUAGAGUGCAGACCCACAAAAGUGAUAAGGGAAACGUUUGAUCUUGAACUUCCUGCGGAUGAGUACAUUGAUACUGAAGAAGCAGCACAGUUCAAGGAUGAAACAGCACCUGGCAUGUCAAGAUAUCUUCCAUGUGGAAAUGGGAAAAUCGGGCCUGAGAGUGGUAAGAAGCUAUUUCACGGUGAUGUUGGGAAGGCUGGUUGCUUAGGUGAUACUUCAAGAUCUGAUACAUGUUUGCGGGGAAAAAAUAGUUUGGCCGACUUGAAUGAGCCUAUUGAAGAAACCAAUGGUUCUUCAUACUUGGAUUGCCAAGAUCCCGAUUGUGGAGGCUGUGAACCAUCCGUGAAACCAAAACAAGAGCUCCUUGAUUUGUCAAAAGAAAAUUCUAUCAGCUCUCAUCGCCAAAGUGAUAAUUGGUCCAUAAAUAAUGUGCACGUUGAAAAUAAUAGGGAUUCUUUCCCCCUGUGCUUGAAGCAGGGCAUUGUAAAGCCAACUUAAUAUCUACUUCUCAAGGUUUUCAGUCCGAGAAGUUGCGUGUAUCGUCUCAGCAGGUACAUGUUCUUUUUGACAAAGCUCAUGAUCCUCCAACUUCUUUGCUAACUGGUCAAAACAAGGCAUAUCUCUC